AUGCACUGCCUGAGUGAAGUGCAGGAAAAGGAUGGACAAUUCUGGAAAGAAAAGCUGGAGGACAAGUUGACAGAGCUUUUACUGGCCGAAUAUGAAAUUGCAGAGACCUCUUACCUAGCGGAAGCGACAGAAUUUCCACCCAGAUCCCUGAUUCAAGCCUUAAAUCAGGGAUCUGAGGAGCAAGAGAUAUCAAUCUUGUCUUCUAUAAAUCGACGGUUGUUCUUUGAGGGAGGGGUUAUGGACCUGCUGAUCCAUUGGCUCAACUGUCCCAUAUCAAAGCGGAAGGCAGUUGCAGUUCUUGAUGCUCUAAGGAUUGAUCAGGGACUUCAACAACUACAGGAAAGAAACCCUGAUGCCCUAACCGUGAUUCUUGGAUGGCUUGGGGAUGAGGAAUAUCGUAUUCGUGAGGCAGCUGUCAAUUUGCUAGAUCGAUGGAGCCUAAGCCCUGAGGCCCUUACCAUGAUUGUUAGGUGUCUUGGGGACGAAAACUGGUAUGUCUGUAACGCAGCUGUUCAGGUGCUAAAAAGACAAGAUCUAAGCCCUGAUAGCACUUUCCCCGCUAUCUUGAGGUAUCUUGGGGAUGAAAAAUGGUGCAUUAGUGAGGCAGCUGUUCAGGGGCUAGAUCGAGAGGACAUAAGCCCUAAUGCUCUUCUUGCGAUUGUUGAACGACUUGAGGAUGAACAUUCAGGUGUCCGUCAGAUGGCUGCUUGGGUGCUCAAAAGACAAGAGCUCAACCCUGAUCUCCUUACCGCAGUUGCUAAACAGCUUAGGGAUAAAGAAUGGUAUACCCGCGAGGCAGCCGUUUGCGCGCUAGAUCGAGAGGAGCUAGCCCCUGAUGCCCUGAAAGCGAUUAUUGGACAGCUUGAGGAUGACAUCCAGAUGUUCGGAAGGCAGCCGUUCAGGCGCUCGAGAGACAAGAGCUAA